AGUCGGACCCGGGUCUGAGAAGUGAGAGGUUGGGAUAAAAAAAUUAAAAAAAAAAAAUUAUUGUAGGGUUUGUUAAUGUUGUUAGUGUUAGUUUGUAAGACAAAAUUCGGUAUCAAAUGAUAGUCUUAGUCUUAAAGACUUAAAGUUAAAGAUACUUGAAUUGUCUUUAGUCCAUAUGUUACUUACUUCGGUAAAAAAUGGGGUCGACUGCCACUAUUUUUUCGAAUUUCACGAAGAAUCAUGAAUGUGUCCCUAAUAAUUAUAAUUAUAUAAAUAUAAGGCUGGAGGGCUAUAUUAUUUAGGAUUAUACCUAGAUAGACUUUGGCAUAGUCAUAAAUAUACUUAUCAUUAUUUAUUAUAUUUUCCUAUUAUAUUUAUAAUAACAGUAAAUUUAUUUCAGUGUAGAGUAGUUUGACAUUGACAGAGAUGAAGUCUGAGAGUAGUGAGAGCUUGGAUAGAAACAAAUCAGUUUUGAUUUAAUCUAAGAACAGAUAAUUAUACAAUUUUACAAUUUAAAUUUUUUUAUUGUUUAAAUUUCAGAUAAUAUUUAUUCAUGGCUGAUACUGAUAAUGACAUUCUGGCCAUGGAUAUUCCAAACAAUCAUCAUAUUCAUCAUGGAUAUGAAUCACUAGGAAUAGAUGAGAUGGGCACUUGGAAUUUCAAUUAUCUGCCACCUUUAGAGCUCUUCCAACAGAAAGAUGUUGUUAAAGUGUGUGCUCCAAUGGUUCGCUACUCCAAGUUGGUAGAUAAUUAAUUAGAGGACUUGAAUUGAAAUAAUCAUAGCUAAGAUUGUUACCAUUCACAUGACAUUAUUACUCUCCCCACAACAACACAUUAACCCUAAAGCUAUUAUACUAUUACAGUUGUAGUGAAAUUGUUUAUCUACUCUAUUAUAAUUAAUAUUAUAUUUUUGAAUCAUUAUAUCUGAAAUGUGGUAUUUGUGGUCUAUACAACUAUUUCCUUACUAAUUUAAAAAAAAUUAUUUAUGAUCUUAUUUCCAUUUACUUUUUGGCUAUUAAAAUAAUUCCUUAAUAAUAUAUUUUUUUUCAGACAUGUUUUUAGAAGACUUGUUAGAAAAUAUGACUGUGAUUUAGCAUUUACUCCCAUGAUAAUUUCAAACAGCUUUGUCAAGAGCAUAAAAGCAAGGGACAAUGAUUUUACCAGCAGUUGUGGUAAAUGCAUGUAUUGGAUUAAAUUUUUUUUUCAAAAAUGCUUUUCUUAAGGAACCCUUAUAAAAUAAUUCUGAUAGUCUAGGCUUUUAUAACCUCUUUUGAAAUGGAUUUGGCGUCAAUUUUUGUCACUCACCUGGCUGAAUUUUAGUUUGCGCUUGAUUGUGUCAUUUUACAAUUUGCACUCAAUCAAAUUUAAGAUUAUUCAAAUUCUGUUUUAAGGUGAUCUACCUUCACUGAAUACUUAUAUUAUUCAACCUUAAAAUAAAUAUAACUGACCAAUUUUUUUAAUACCUAGAUGACCGUCCAUUGAUAGUGCAGUUUGCUGCUAACAAUGUAGAUGACUUUGUCAACGCUACAGAAAUAGUUGCACCGUAAGUUCAUUUUUGUACUUUUUUCCUCUCUCUCUCUCUCUCUCUCUCCCUGUUUGCCACAGCUCUGUCAAGAAUAGAGCAUCUACUGAUAAUUAGUUAACAUGAAGUUUUAAUUCAGAAGUUUAUUGGCUUUUUUAAAAAGUAUUUUGGUGUGUGAUGAAAUGAGAUUUGUCAAAGUUAAUUAUUAAUUAAUAAAUUAAUUACUAAAUUAAUCAUUUGUUUUGUUUUUUUAUAUCCCAAGAUUUUCUGAUGGUGUAGAUUUAAAUUGUGGCUGCCCCCAAAGGUGAGUUUUUUUUUGUUGUUUUUUCACCUUUUGCUUUUGUUUUGAAUUUCUUCAGGGUGUUGAAAAAGUCACACAAAAAAAAUGAUGAAGCAUUUGAAGCAAAUAAUUAAAGAUGUGUUGCUUCUCUUUCAGAAGACCAUGAAAUUUGAUUUUUGCUUAAAUAAAUGAUUAAUGAUACAAAUUUUAAAGACAAAUUCCUAUUUUUUAAAUAUCAAAAUAGUUUAGCUUAAAUUCUUAAUCUGAUUACAAGAAAGAUGCAACUUUUGAUCAUGCUUAAAUAAUUUUUACAACAGAUGGGCAAUGAGUGAAGGCUAUGGUGCUUGUCUAUUGAAAAAAACAGACCUGCUGUGUGAUAUGAUCAAACAAGCAAAGAGCCGUGUCGCUAAGAGUGAUUUUACAGUCUCUAUUAAAAUACGGGUGCACAGCGAUAUCAAGUAUUUACAAUCAUAAAAUUUUAACAAUUUGAAAGCAAUAAUUAAUUAUAAAUUCAUGUGUGCUCACAGUAAUUGCAACAGGUUUGUUAGUAUUAGAUCAGAGGUGUAGGUGUUAAAGUAAGAAGACAAUGCUAUCAAAUAGAAGGAAGACAUAUUGUAGUUAGGAGGAAUAACAGUUAAUGGAUUAUUAUGUAAUUGUUUAUACCAAGUGCAAAAUGAGGCAAUCAUAACAAGCAUACAUUAUUUUAAAACUUAAGAAAUAUUUCUUUACUACAAAUUAAUAAUGCUUAAAAAAAAUUUAAAAAUUAAUUAAAAAAAAAAAAUGUUCUUUUCUAGGGAAACAGUUGAUCUAUGUCAGAAAGUUGAGAAAAUGGGCACAUCAUUUAUUACAGUGCAUGGCAGAACAAAAGAACAGAGAUGUCAGCCUGUGGACUUGGAUGCUGUAAAAAUUGUGAAAGACUCAGUCUCUAUACCUGUCAUUGCCAAUGGCGACAUACGAUCAAUGGAUGAUGUACACAAGGUUCAAGAAUACACAGGUGUAGAUGGUAAGGAAUUGGGUGGGGUAUAGAUGGAAAGGCAUUGGAUGGGAUGUAGAUAGGAAGACUGUGGUGUAGUUGGUUAAGAACUGCUGUGGAUAUGACAGGAAACGUGGAUGCAGAUGGUUAGGAACUUGGAUGUAGAUGAUAAGGAACAUGUAUGUCGAUUGUAAGAAACUGCUGUGUAUCAGGAAGGCACUGGUUAUUUCGCAAAGGUUUUUGGACUGACUGGUACUUAACCCUACCAGCCCUGAACCUAACUGUCCCCUAUACUGGGGCUCCUGAGCAAUAAAGAGAAAAAAAACAACAUGAUUUAGAAAAAUUUUAGUUGCAUGCAAACAAGUGCUUAGAAUAAGAUGUAACUUGGAGACAUUGUCGCUGUAGAAAAUAGGUCUACCUUUCAUCUAGCGACAACAUUCCACCUUUGUGUGCCAAUCCACCCAGCAGGAUGAACCUUGUUUCACAUAUAAGUACUUCUUGCAAAGUGAGCAACAGAUGUUGCUCUUCACCUUCUUCCAUGGAUUGUCUUUGUUAGACUGUCCAGGAUUUUACUUGUUGUACCUGGAGUGCUUUUCCAAGUACACAACACAGAUAUGAUCAGGCGAUGUAUCACUUGAACUGGAAAAGUAUUCUUGAUAAAAUUCUGACUCCCCAGAGUCUGAAUCAACCAAAGUAUCAAUCACCUUUUGGACUGUGAUAAGCCUAGACUUACUUCGCUUUCCUGUUCAAGUGCUUGUUUCAUUAGCCGCUCGUUUCAUUGUGAAUUUUCAGAAUAUUUUCCCGUCAAACCACACAAAGUUAAUUCAAACACAUGGGGGCAGACACUUGCAACGGCUAACCAUGAGGUUUGACCUCGAAUGGUUGGUUACUUUUAGUUUGUGACACAUUUUUUUCACAUAUUAGGUAAAGUACCAAAAAUUAGGUACAGCGGUAUAGCGGCAGAUUUGGAAAUUACAGUCGGUGCAGCGGUCUGGUAGGGUUAAAUCAUUUUUAUAAAAGGGGUGAAGAAAAAUAAAUAAACCAAAAAUUAACCAAAGACUUGGCCAAAGUAUUCUGACGUGGGAGCGUUAGCUCACAUAUAAUCUAACAUUACGAGUUAUUGCAUUUUAGGGCAAAGGCUUCAUAUACCCCAAGGGAAUUUGGCUUGAGUGUAUGGCUUAAUAUAACAUCUUUGGGUUGACAGCAACCAUGGCAUCCACAGGACACGGGUGUCCUCUGACUUGACUAUUCUGUCUACAUAGUGAUUGUAUGAUUAUUUUUUUCCUGCAUCUACUUAUUUCUUUCACAGAUGGGCCUCCUUAGCAAGUCUCAGUAAAUUUUUAAAAAAUACAUAAAAAGUCACUAUUAUGAUAAUAACUAUUAAAUGCCCAUUGCAAUAUUGUUCAAUUAAUUUUGUUUGCUCUGCGUAAAAAAAAAGCAAUGUAAAAAGCAAUGUUUGUUGAAAUGUUUUAACAUUAUUUAAAAUAAUAUUUUAGGUCCAUUUAAAUUUUUUUUUAUUACUGAAGUUUAUUUUUUCCUAAUUUUUCCACUUACCUAAUACCAAGGUUUAUUUUAACAAUCAAAGUUAAUCAAAAGAGAAAAAACAAUAACAUGUGGGUUUGUUUAUAUUUCAGGUGUCAUGGCUGCCCGAGGUAUCCUGGCUAAUCCAUCAAUGUACUCAGGUUAUAACGAAACUCCAUUGCAGUGUAUCAAAGACUGGGUAAGUCCAUAAAGAGAUUCUUCUUAGCUCCCAAGGCUCCUCCUGGAUUUAAAGUCCAUGCACAAUAUUUUCCAUACUUCUCUAAUUUUGUCAACUCUUUUCUGCAAGGAACUGGAUAAAUGUUAAAUCUUGUUAGAAAAUUCACAUUGGCUGAUUUAUUAGUCGUUUACAACACAUUGAAGGUCAAAUAAAAAUAUCAAAAUAAUCAAUAAAUCUGGCAAUUGGGGACAGUCUGCUCUAGUAAACAAGACAUACUUUUUAAAAUAAAAAAUUAGCCCUUAUGGUAAAAAAAAAGGUAUGAUUUCAUUCACAAGUAAUUCAUUAUACUUAUAUUAUUGCCAUUGCUACUGUUACAGUUGAAAAACUUGUUUACCCUUACUGUCUUAUCUUUUCAGCUUGACAUUUCUCUUUCUCUGGGCACCCCUUUUACUUGUUUUCACCACCACCUCAUCUUCAUGCUGGAGCACCUGUUACCAAAAGCCGAAAGAAAUGUGUUCAAUUCCCUGGCCAGCACAUCUGCUGUGUUAGACUUUCUUAAUGACAACCUGGGUGUUCGUUGACCUUUUCAGUUGGUAGUUGGUACUUGCGUGGCCUGGUACAUAUGUUAUAGAUUUUAAAAAAAUUAUAUUCUGAGUAGUUGGGAACUGACUAGUCGUUUGCACUUGCAAGAAGAGGAUAUCAAAGUGCAUAAUGCUCCAUGUAAAAAUGUCACUAAAACUAAUAGAUAGUACUGAUUUCACUAAAUAAAAUUUUUAACUGCCCUAAAUGAGAUUCUUCAAAACACAGUCAGUGCGUUUGGUGCGUAAUAUUUUUUUUCGAUUCAUGGAAAAAGUUGGUGUAAUAAAGCUGCGGUUUGAAAGGGGUAGGGACAUUAUAAUAUUUAUAGUCUGGUGGGGGGAUGGCACUGAUGGAGAAUAUUAAAACAUCCUUUACUUGAAUGCGUGUUUUAUCAAGUAACUUUAGUAGAUGGGAAGUUCAAAGAUUGUCGCUGCCAUUGUUUGGUGAGAAAACAGCUCACUUAGUCUUAUUUAAAAAAUUUUUUUUAAAUUUCAAAUAACUUUAUGCAGGGUUUCCCAACCUUUUCUGUAUUCUACACCUAGGUAUUGUUUGACCAGGUCUUGCUCCCUCAAAAUAAGAGUAUUGUAUUGAACGAGAAAAACUUUUGACUUUUUACAUUAAAUUGAUAAUGUACAAAUUUAAUGAAGAAAUAAAAAAUAAACUUUUAUAUCCU